AAAAUCUGUGCAUCCAUGCAGAACUAUUACUACAAUCUACAAAUGCUAAUUGCUAUCUCCUCACCAAUGACAGCUGGGAAUCAAGAGCAACAAAUUGAACUACUAACAUCGACCGAUGACGAUCAUGGUGGUGUUAUUGUUGAAUUGGAUAAGCCUAUGGACUCCACAACCUUUGUCCCCAUUCUCAGGGCUUCAAUUUCACACUGGAAACAGCAGGGUAAGAGAGGCCUGUGGGUAAAAGUGCCUAUUCAUUUAGUCAAUCUUGUUGAAGCUCUAGUUAAGGAAGGAUUUUGGUAUCACCAUGCAGAACCAAAUUAUUUGAUGCUUGUACAUUGGAUAGCUGAAAGUGUAAACACUAUUCCAGCAAAUGCCACACAUCGAGUAGGGGUUGGUGCACUUGUUUCGAAUGAAAAAGGAGAGAUCCUUGUGGUUCAAGAAAAGACUGGACAUUUUCAAGGAACUGGAUACUGGAAACUCCCUACUGGAGUUGUUGAUGAGGGGGAAGAUAUUAAUGCAGCGGUGGUAAGAGAGGUCAAAGAAGAAACAGGAAUUGACUCAGAGUUUGUGGAAGUAUUGGCAUUCAGACAAAGUCACAAGACAUUCUUUGAGAAGUCAGAUCUAUUUUUUGUGUGCUUGUUGCGGCCUCUUACUUCUGACAUAAAAAUACAGGAGGUUGAGAUAGAUGCUGCAAAGUGGAUGCCAUUUGAUGAAUAUGCAGCUCAGGCUUGGAUGGAGAAGUAUGAACUUAUGAAACAUGUAAAUAAAAUAUACUUGGCAAAGAUGAAUGGUUGGUAUUCUGGAUUAACUCCUGUAUCUACAACAUCACUGCCAUCUGAUGACAAAAUCAGUUAUCUCUACCUGAAUGCCAAGGGCCUCAAGAGGUGCAAUUCUUUGUAAGCAUCAUCAGCAAAUGUUUUUACUCAGUUAGGAAUAUAAUGCUGGAAUGGUUUCUGUCUUUGCCAUCUUAUUUACUAUCAUUUGAUUCAUUAAAGGUGAACAAAUGCAGGUCUUAGCUUCCUAAGGUUAAUUAAAGUAACUUUAAAUAAUUGUAUAUGUGAAUAUUGAUCCUGAAGUUAGUUUCAUACUUCAUCUCAAAUUAUCUAUACUAUGGUUGGUUGAAAGGCUAUGCUAGGCCAUUGACCAAAAUACCCGAAAAAAUGUGAACUUGUACGUUAUAAAUAACUGAUAUGAUGUGAUUUCUUUGGAAGCAUCAGAAGCGAACUUGCCUUAUGACAUCACCCAUGACUCUGUAGAGUCAUAGUGCUAUCUAUGUUAGUGCUGAAUAUUGUGUACAGGUUCAUGUUCUUGUUGUGCUAAGAUGAUAAUUUCAUAACAUUGGAACAUUACUAUUUGUAUAUCUUUAGAAUGGUGUUUUCU